CAAAAAAAACAGAUUAUCGGUCGAUUCUUGCUGCUUUUCCCGUCGGCGAAGAGCGCCCAGCCGGAGGAAGGAGGAAGGAGAUGGCGGAUGUUAAGCCAGGCGAAGAAAUCCCUCCAAACAUGACGCUUUACAUCAACAACCUUAACGAGAAGAUCAAAAUCGACCAGCUGAAGAAAUCGCUGCUCGCAGUGUUUUCACAGUUCGGGAAGAUACUGGAUGUAUUGACAUUCAAGACAUUGAAGCAUAAAGGUCAAGCUUGGGUGGUCUUUGAGGAAGUUAAAUCUGCCUCUAAUGCACUCAGGCAGAUGCAGGGUUUUCCCUUUUACGACAAGGAGAUGAGAAUACAAUAUGCCAAAACAAAAUCAGAUAUAAUAGCAAAAGCUGAUGGUACAUUUGUUCCACGAGAGAAGCGAAAAAGACAUGAGGAAAAGGGAGGAAAGAAACGAAGGGAACAACAUGAUCCUAAUCAAGUGGCAGCAGGUCUGAACCCUGCUUAUGGUGGUGCCUUUGGUGCAACACCUCCUCUAUCACAAAUUCCCUAUCCAGGUGCAAGACCUAUUGCUCCAGAGGCACCCGCUCCGCCAAAUAACAUACUGUUUAUUCAGAAUCUUCCACGUGACACAACCCCAAUGAUGCUUCAAAUGUUAUUCUCUCAGUAUCCUGGUUUUAAGGAGGUUAGGAUGAUUGAAGCAAAACCAGGGAUUGCCUUUGUAGAGUAUGGAGAUGAGAUGCAAUCAACUGUUGCAAUGCAGGCUUUGCAAGGCUUCAAGAUACCGCCAACCCAAAACCAGAUGUUAAUCACUUAUGCAAAGAAAUAGAUUAGGAACUUUCAUUUUGCCAUCCCUCUGAGGAGACUCCGCGUCAAACAUCCCUGGACGUCAACUAUCUAAUUACUGUUGUUGUGAUAUAUUCCCUCCCCUUAGAGGAACUUCCGGAUUCUUGAUGUACUUCUGUAGUUUAGAUGGUUUUUGUUUCUGUAUCUUUUCAUUUGUCAGUUUUAAUGAUGUUUUGUGUAAAUAUAUCUCUGUUCUAGUAAUUGUCUCAGUUGAUUAUGAUUUACUUUGCCAAAGAGAAUAACAAACUGGUGGUCUUUCC